GAUAAUCAAACGUCCUGCACCAUGGAGCAGCAGAGAGGGACCGCGCGCGGGGAGGACUCAAAGUCCUAGCUCCGCCUGAGAGAGCAUGGCGAGCGGGCCGGAGCUGCUGCCCCCCACGUAUGAGGGGGGUGGCGUCUUCGUCAAUGGAUUCCCCUCUGGGCCAAAGCCGUAUGAGGAGGUCCUCACUUUCUUGCGCAAGGGCACGGAUCUGCUCAAGUAUGGGCGCAUCGGCAACCCUAAGUACCACCCGUUCCGGCUCUCCAACGACGACUUGGAACUACAAUGGGAGUCCAAGAAGGGCCAAAUCCGGCGAGUGCCGCUGGCGUGGAUUACAAAGUGGCAGCGGGGCCAGGAGACUGCAGUGUUUAAAAAGCACCCGCAGCCGAAGCUGGCACACCGGUCUUUCUCCAUAUUUUAUGUGGACGAGAACAAGCGCGAGCGGACGCUGGAUGUCAUCUGCCGCGACCCGUCCGAGUUCGAGAUGUGGUUCUGGGGCGUGCAGAUCAUCCGCUACUACCCGCCGCACAUGAUGUCUGCGCCCACGCCGUUGAACGCGCACCCGCACUCGUACCAGGGGGCGUCAUCGGUGGUUCCGGUGCAGGUCAACGGCCGCGAGGCGGGCUCCCAGCCAAUGCCGCCGCCGCUGGAAAUCCCGUCGUUGCGCUCCUCGCUGGCGGACGACCGGCCGCCAAAGCCGACCCCUAAAACAAAGCCCACGACAGGCCUGAGCGUGAUGGUGGGCGUGCGCAACAGCGGCGGCCCGGUGCCGGGCGGCCCGCUGCCUGGGCGGCGCGGCGACCGGCGCGAGCUGGGGGACCUGUAUGUGUGGGGCAGCCUGGUGACCUCGGAGGAGGACGAGUGGGCGCCCGCGAGGCGGCCGCAGCCGGCGAGCCUGAACGAGGAGGCCAUGCGCUACUGGCAGAACAGCAGCGUGCCGGUGCUGGUGCAGAACGCCGGCAGCGUGGACGUGGUGCGCGUGGCGUGCGCGCCGCGGCACGCGGCGCUCAUCACGCGCAAGGGCGAGCUGUACACCUGGGGCUUCGGCAAGAACGGCAACCUGGGCCACGGCUGGUGCACCAACUUCGCGAGCCCGCGCCUGGUGCCGCGCAUGAGCGGCAAGGGCGUGCGCGCGGUGGCGUGCGGCGAGGGCGCCAUCGCCGCCAUCAGCGCCGACAUGCGGCUGUACAUGUGGGGCAGCGGCGGCGCGGGGCAGCUGGGCAACGGCUACGCCUUCCCGGUGGUGGAGCCGGUGCCGGUGCUGUUCCCGGGGCUGCGGGAGGACGCGCGGGUGCUGGCGGUGUCGUGCGGCCCCUACCACACCGCCGCCAUCACGGAGGGCGGGCUGCUGUUCACGUGGGGCAGCGGCCUGUUCGGCAAGCUGGGCCACGGCGGCACGGCGGCCGAGUACCGGCCGCGGCGGGUGGCGGCGCUGGAGGACAAGUACGUCACGUGCGUGUCGUGCGGCUACUGGCACACCGCGGCGGUGGCGGCGGCGAGGACCACGCAGAGGUCGCAAUCGACCCCCUUUGGCACCGUGUCGACGCCUGCGACCAUGCCCUCGCCGGCGCCGCUGCCGCCAUCGCACAGCGCGCCAUCCGUGGCCGCGGCGGCGGUGGCGGGCAGCAAGGACGGCGGCGCCCACAUCGCGGCGUUCGGCAGCGGUGUGAGCGUGGGCGGCGGGCCGGACGGCGCGAGCGGCGCGCACAGCGGCCGCAUGGGGCUGCGGCUGGCGCAGAGCGAGAUGAGCAGCAGCGGCAGCGACCUGCAGGCGGUGGUGGCUGCCGCCAACGCAGCGGCGGCCACCGGCCCCAGCAGCAUGAGCGGCGACCCCAGCGGCACAGGCAGCGCCGCCGCCGCCGCCAUGUCGGGGCCGGGCGGCGGCGGCGGAGCCGGCGCCGGCGCGAGCGGCAGCGGCAUGACCGGCCCCAACGGUCCGCUGUUGGGCCCCAUGCGCAGCGACGUGCUCAGCAGCAGUGUGGCCUCCAUGGAGCAGCUGAGGGACACGCCGGACGCGUCCUCCGUGGGGCCGUCGGGCUCGCACGGGCAGCUGUACACCUGGGGCGGCGACUUCUCCUGGACGGAGCCGGCGGAGCCCAGCAAGAAGGGCGCGGAGCACGCGGCGCCCAAGCGCGACCACCACGGCGGCUGCCUGGGCCACGGCGACAAGGACGGGCGGCUGCUGCCCACGCGCGUGCGCGGCGACAUGGACAAGCACGGCGUGGUGCAGGUGGCGUGCGGCUGGAGCAUGACGGUGGCGCUCAGCCGCGACGGCCGCGUGUACCAGAUGGGCGGCACCGGCGCGGCCAAGAGCGGCGAGAAGAGCUGCCCCUGGGAGGGCGCGCUGGCGCCCACGCGGGUGGACGGCAACCUGUUCGGCAUGUUUGUGGAGGAGGUGGCGUGCGGCAUGCACCACGUGGUGGUGGCCGCCAGCCGCGUGCAGGCCAACGGCUUCAUCCCGGACGACCAGCGCCGCGUGCGGCUGCUGACGUGGGGCCGCGGCAGCGAGGGGCAGCUGGGCAUCGACAGCGGCGCCGGCGGCGGCGGCAUCACCAGCAUGAGCGGCGAGGGGCCGCUGGGAGGCCGCAUGGGGCCGCCGCAGCUGGAUUACUCGUUGCCACAGGUCGUGACGUCUGUGGACGGCAAGCGCGUGCUGCACAUCUCGGCCGGCGGCAACCACACCAUGGCCGUCAUCGAGCACGACCCGCGCUCGCGCCGCUCGCACCACCCCUCCGGCACCCCCGCAGCCACGCCCACCGGCCACCACGCCUACGGCGCGGCCGCGGGCGGCGGCGGCGGCCCCGCCUACAGCCGCCUGGCCUCGUACGCGCCCGGCCACCACCACCCCUCGCUCGCGGGCUCGGCCGGCGACGCGCGCAGCCUGCGCGACAGCCACAACGGCGGCGGCAGCGUGGGCGCCAGCAUGGGCAGCCUGCUGGGCAUGGCGAGCCCCUUCCAGAUCGCGCAAAGCCUGCCGGUGGCCGCCGCGGCUGCGGGGCUGCAGUCGCUGGGGCAGAUGGUGGCCACGGUGGGGCCGCGGAGCAAGGCACUGGCGGCGGCGGCGCUAGGCAGCGCGGGCAGCGGCGGCGCGGGCAGCGACGGCAGCCGCAGCGGGCAGGGCGGCGCGGGCGGGGGCCGCGCCGGCGCCUCCUCCCGGCGGCACAGCAGCAGCACCAACAGCCGCAUGGUGGCCAUCCCGGCGCCCUCGGCGGCGCCGUUCCUGCCCAGCGGCAGCGUGACGCGCAGCGAGACGGGCACCCACGCCCGCGACCUGCGGCGCGGCGCCACUUCGCGCCUGCACCACCACACGCACAACUCGGCGCUGUCGGCGGCGCCGCACUUCAACAAGAGCGCGUCCAUGAACAACGCACACAUAGCCAAGGCGGCCCUUGAGGCCACGUCCGCCCCCAGUGGCGGCAUGGCCAGCCACCGCUCCACGCCGCCGCUGGCAGUGGGCAAGCCCGGCGAGGAGGCGGACAGCAGGUCCGUCAGCCCCACCAGCAGCUCGCUGUACGAGAUGAGCUCCACAGCCGGCACCGACUUCGCGGCCGGCGGCGGCGCCUCGCUGCACCGCCAGGCCUCACAGCAAUCGGGCGCCUCCGGCCCGGCCUCGGCCUCGGUGGCGGCGGCGGCGGGGCAGGCACUCAUGCGGGGUGGCGGAGGCGGCACGUCCGGGCCACACGCGCACCCGCACGGGCACCCGCCGCUGCCGCGCGCGGCGGGCGUGGCGCCGCGCGCCGGUGGCGCAGCCGGCGGCGGCGCAGCCGCGCUUGGCGCCACGUCAGCUGACGGCGAGCUCGGCGGUCUUGGGGUGGGUGUAGGGGGCGGCCCUGUGUGCGGCGCUCCGUCGGACACGGACCUGGACGCGGACUCGUACUUCCAGGGCUCUGGCCGCGUGCUGGACAUGGUGCCGGAGCAGAGCGAGGAGUCGCCCGCCUCGCCGCCCGGCGGCCGUACGGUCUCGCGGCUGCACGGCGGAUCCGGAUCCGGCGCCGGCGCGCCGCACCGCCUGGAGCCGGGGGCGCUGGGCGGUGUCGGCGGGGCGGGGGUGGGCGCGGCAGCGGGGCGGUACCUGGGCGAUAGCGCCGACUCGGACAGCGUGGGGCAGCACACACCCGGCGGCGGCAUGCUCACUGGCGACACGCACACCUCGCCGCACCCCAUGCACCCGCGUGUGGCCAUGCUCGCGCGCGCCUCGGGCGGCGGCGGCGGCGGAGGCGGUGACGGCGUCGGUGGCGGCAGCCCCAUGCACAGCGGGCUGCGCACCAGCGCCUCCACCAUUGACAGCUCCUACGCCAGCGGCGGCACCGGCAGCAGCGGCGCGUCGCCCAUGGCGGCGCUGCACACGCCCAGCCCAGAGACGCCGGAUGAUGCCAUCUCGCACCCGCGCGCCCCGCACGUGGGCGGCCCGUACGGCCUGCCCGCCAUGCCCACGCCCGGCGUCGGAGCCGGCGGCGAUGACAGCGCCACGCCGCUGCCGCAGCAGCAGCCGCCCAUCCCCUACGCCACGCCGCCCUCGCUCGGCGCCUCGCCGCUCGUGACGCCCGCCUCCGGCCGGCACGGCACGCACGGCGGGCCCGAGCCCACCGGCUUGGGCCGCAUGCCCAGCCUCAGCGGGGUGCAGGCCGGCGUGCCGCAGCCGCGAGGCCGGGAGAUCAGCAUGUCGGCCUGGGCGGCACCGGGCGCCGCCGCAGCCGCAGCCGCGGCCGUGGCAGGCGGCGGCAUGGCUGCGGGCGGCGGCGGCGGCACGCAGGCGGGGCUGUACCGUGGCGAGGCCUCGUUCCGCACCUACAGCAACACCGGCGACGGCCUCAGCACCGCCGCGUCGGGGAUUGACAGCGCGGCGUCAGGCGGCGGGCACCACCGCGGCGGCGGCGGCGGCACGGGCGGCGGCGCCCGCCGCACGGGCGGCUCGCGCGGCCACUCGCGCCACGCGUCGUACGACAGCGCCGACGUCGCGUCGGGCCGCGAGGGUGGCGGCGUGGCGGGCGGCGUCGACGGCCCCCUGCACCAGCGCUCCGGCAGCAUCUUUGAGCUGGUCCCGCCCGGCGCCUACCUGGGCGGCGGCGGCGGCAGCGGCACACACACGCCGCCGCGCCUGACGUCGGCGGCCAUGGCGUCGCCGCCGCGUGGCGGCGUGGGCGCCGGCCACGUGCCGCCGGCGGUGGCGGAGGCGGCGCUGGCCAACGUGGCGCUCAAGCAGCAGAACGACUUGCUGCUGCAGCAGGUGGAGGCGCUGAGGCAGCAGGUGGCGUUGCUGGCGCAGGCGGCGGGCAUGGGCGUCGCGGCGGCCGCCGCCGGCGGCGCCGCGCAGGCGGCGGCCCUGGGCUACCCGCCGCCGCUGCCGCCGGCUCCGCCGUCCAUGGCGCUGCCGGUGGGCGCGGCGACGGCGUCGCCGGUGGCCGCGAUGCCGAUGUCGGUGGCGCUGCCGGGCGGCGGCGCCGCGGGCGGUAACCUGGUCGUGAGCGGCGAGUCGGCUGGCAUCAGCGCCGGCAGCGGCAUCCCCGUGUUCCCGGGUCCGGGCAGCGCGGGCAGUAACGGCAACCCGCUGGGCGCGCCCAUGCUGCCGCCGCCGCCCAUGCACCUGCACCACGCGCUCAGCAACGCGCUGGUCGGGGCGGCGGCGGCGGCGGCCGCGUCCGCCGGCGCCGUGAUGGGUGGCGCCGCCGGCGGCGGAGGCGGCGGCGUGAUGCCGUACGCGCCGCCGCCGACACCGCAGCCGCCCACGCCGCCGCACGGCGUGGGGCUGCCGCCGCUGAGCCCGAGUGGCGGCGCGGGGCGCGCCUCCGCUGGGCCGGUAUUAAUGAUGGGGUCGGGAGCUGCGGGUGGCCCGCCGCCCGCCAGCAUGACCGCCGCCGCCAACGCGGCAGCAGCGCGCCACCGCCGCUCCACAUCCGUCGACGUGUCCUCGCUCAUCGCCACGCGCGACGGCAUCGGGCCAGCGCGCGACUACCUGCCGUCCGCGUCGCAGCAGACGGCGGGCGGCGCGCCGCCGUCGCCGGGCGGCGGCGGCGGCGGCGGCAUGCCGAUGCUUCUUGGCGCCAGCUCGCUGCGGGAGCUGUCGCUGGGGCACGCGACGGCGCCGCCGGCUCUGGAGGCGCUGCGGAUGAACCACCCGGGGAUGUCGCUGGCGCAGGCGGCGCUGGCGGAGGCGGAUGAGGAGGGCCUUGACGAGGCCUCCUCAGAGGAGGACGACGCCGAUGGCCUGAUGGACCGGGACGCCGACAGCUGCAGCCGCAGCCGCAGCCGCAUGAUGAUGCUGGAGGCCGACGGCGACGCCGACGACGACUCCCGCCUCGACGGCGACGGCCGCGCGCGCCAGUCGCGCGGGCUGACCGGCACCGGCGCCGCCAGCAGCACCACCGGCCGCGACGCCGGCGCUGACGCUGAUGUGGAGGAGGAGACGGAGGAGGACGGCGCCGGCGGCGCCGGCGAGCGCACCAGCAGCGGCGGCGGAGCCGGCGCGGCGCACCGGCGCCGCCGCCGCCACGCGCCCGGCAGCGGCGGGUCGGGUGCGGGCAUGGGCGCGGGCGGCGUGGGGGAUGUGUCCAUGGCUGUGCCGGCCAUGUCGUUGCUGGCGGCGCAGUCGUCGAUGCGGCGGCAACUGUACGUCAGCAUGUCGCCGCAGUCGUCGUUGCAGCCCGCCGGCAGCCGCCACACCGGCGGCUACGGCGGCGCAGCGGAGGCGGAGUCCUUGGCGGCGGGAGGAGGCGGCGGCGGCGGCGGUGCGCACAUGCACGGCGGCGAUACGUUCGGGGCCGCCGGGGCCACGGCGUCGGGGCAGCGCACGGACAUGAGCGAGACGUCCAGCGUGUCGAUCAGCGGCGGCGCCGGCGGCGGCGACGGCUACAGCGAGCAGGGCAGCGAGCAGGGCGACGUCGGCGUGCGGGCGGCGCCGCGGCGGCGGCUGGGCGGGCCGCGCGGGGUGCUGGACUUGCAGCACCUGGGCAGCGGAGGAGGCGGCGGAGGCGGCGGAGGAGGCCGGAGCGGCGGCGGGGGUGCGAACGGCGAGGAGCUGUUUGGCGCGGCCUCGGGCGGCGGCAUGGCGUUGCAGCAGCAACAGCAGCAGGCGCAGCAGCAGCAGCAGGCGCUGCCGCAGGAUGGGCAGAUGUUCCAGUACGCACCGGGCGUGUUCAUCACGCUGCGACCGGCCCCCGGCCCCAGCGGCGGGCGCGUGGAGCUGUGCAAGCUGCGCUUCAGCCGGCGACACUUCAGCCAGACCGAGGCGCAGCAGUGGUGGGCGGCGCACCGGGCCGAGCUGUACGACAGCUACCACGUGACGGCGUCUGUGGGUGGCAGCAGCGGCACGCACGGACCCGGCGGCGGCGGCGGCCGCGGCACGCAGGCGGCGCUGCAAGGCUACCCCACCUCGCCCUCUGGCGGCGGCCUGGCGCCGGCGCUGAUGGCCACCCACUCGCCGCAGGCGCUGCAGCCGCCGCCGCAGACACUGGCGCAUGCGGGGUCGGUGUCGCACACGCGCGGCUUCAGUAGCGACACGCAGGGCACCAGCGCCAGCGGCGGCGCGGGCACCGGCAACGCCAACCUGUACUUCUCCAUUGGGCCAGCCGGCGUCGCCAGCCCGGGACCACAGCAGGGCGCCAGCGGCGGCAGCGCCGUUGGCGGCGACAGCACGACGCGCUCCCCUGCGGCCUACUGGGCGCCGGCGGCGGCGGCGGCGGCGGGCGCCGUGUCGGGCGGCGCGGGCGGGGGCGGCGGGGGCGACCCCUACGCGGCGUGGGCGGACCACACCUACACCGCUGACGACCCAGCCCUGAUGGCGGCCGCGGGUGCGGGCGGCAUGCAAGGCCCCGGUGCAGGCCUGCCGCCGCCGAUGGGCAUGCCGCCGCGGCACCAUCGCUCCCGCAGCGGCAGCCGCAACGCCAGCGGCGGUGCGGCCGCGGCGGUGCCGCCGCAGGUGCUGGUGGCGCAGCAGCAGGCGCAGUGGGCGGCGGCGGUGGCCGCGGGCCAGGUGCCCGUGAGCCUCGGCUCGGGCGGCGGGGCAGUGACGAUGGCGGCCUUCCAGCAGCAGCAGCAGCAGCACCACCACCACCAGCACCACCAUACGCGGUCGCGGUCCGGCGGCGCGGCGUCCUCACGCUCCAAUCUGUCCAACCGCUCAUAGGCAAUCAAGUGCAUCAGAACUUGUUGGCAGCGGGGAGAGUUUCACUCGCAAGCUGCAUGGGCGAUUGCUAGCAGUGUACAUAUGGUAUGUGAUGUAAGUAGGCGCCUAGGCUCAACUGCGGCUGGUCCUCAACUGCGGCUUGUCGCCAGCAGGUGGUUUGUUGGGGCAGACGCAGAGCCGGCCGCUUUUGAGUUGCAGGGCCAGGUGUGAGGGACCGUGUGCAGGUUGUUGGGGCUGGUGGCGCACUGAUGCGGCGGGCGGCGGCGUGGAGAUGCUCACACACAUCAAUUACAGGAUGUGACUAAGGGCUUGCUAGGGAAGUGCCCAGUCACUCUCAAAGUUGCAAGGUGGAAAGCAUGGAUCAGAAAGGCCUUGAAGCUGUGCGAUGGCUUGUGCCGCAAAAGCGCGGAAGGCGUCGGCGAUGUAUGUAGUUGGGAUAUCCCGUCUUCUAGCACCGCAAAAAUAAAAUAAUGCUAGCAGUAGAAAGCACACGGAGAGAUGGUUCGACACCGCCGUGUGUGUGUAUGUGUGUGUGUGUGUGUGUGUGUGUGAUGAGUGUGCUUGCGAGUGUGUGCUUCAACGUGUGCGCGUUUGCGUGAGUGUUCCCAGUAUGGCCUGAUGAGUCAGUGUGCCACACGGCAUGGGUUCAAGGCGUGUCGUGACCACUUCGCAGCUGGACUGAAGGGGGUGUGCGUGCAUGGGGGCUUGCCGCGGUGGGGCUCACGGUGUGCAGCACCCAGUCCUGCACAGUGCCCCGUGAUCCGCGCGGGCAGCGGGCACCGACGGAUAGAUGCCCGCUAGUUGCUGGGGUUUGGCCUUGCAUGCACGAGAAUGACGGGGUGCGUGCUCAGCCACAUCUAUAUGCAGGUCACUGUCAUAUGUCGUGGGGUGGUGGGGGUGGAGGUGGUGAGUUGCGUGCGUAUGGGAACUUGGGAAUGCGGUGUGCGGGUCGAGGACGGGCAGCGGAAAUGGGAAGCAGCAGCAGUGGGGUGGACUGGGCGGUGCCGUGGUGGCACUAGGGGUGUAGGCUGGGGAAGAGCAGGGGUAGCGGAGCAACUCGAAGGCGUGAGUGCGAGGUGCGAGGCCACACGCGGCGGUCUUGGCUUGCGCGCUUGCCCCGUAUGUGCAUGCCGUGCAAGGCUUCGUGAUUCCCAGGGGAGGUGGUGAAUCCGUUCUCAUGGAGUAUCAGUGUCGCGACGUGAUUCCGCAGCUGUUCCUGCGUGUGGAAUGGAAGGGCGGCCAUGGGGCGAGGCACCUGGGGCAGCGCGAUCCGUGCUUGGGUUUUGGGGACAUGAGCAGGCCGAGUAGCGUGACGCAUCUCCUAAACAAAGC